AUUGUGAUGAUGAAAGCCACUCAACCCCGGAGGCUGCGUGUUCUCUGUGGACGAUCAGGAGGCCGGGAGAGGGGGCAGGACUCGGGCCUUUUAAGGAGGCAGUGGGCGCGCGGCGCCUCCAGUCCGCCUGUACCACACGGCAUCGCACCAGCACUGCCAGACAUGGCCCGCCACGUGUUCGUCUUUCUGCUGGUAGCCGUCUUCUUGCUGCAGGUGGUGGUGUCCCUGCCGCGAGACCGCCGGGACGCCGACGAGACGACGGAGACGGCGGCCAACAUCCUGGAGGGCAUUGAGCGGCUCGCCAGCGACGUCUCCAAGAAGACGCAGGAGUUCUUCACGGCCGACUCGUGGCGCGCCAUACAGGGCAACGCGACCGAGUUGGCCAACAAAGUCGGGUCGGCCAUCACAGGCCUCGUCGAGGGCGCCGCCACGACUCACGCUCCCGCCUAAGUCCGACCCGACGCCGCCGCCGCCGCCGCCGCCGCCGCCGCCACGGUCUGGGGACAGCCUCUGAAAGUUCCCACACUCCUGGUUCCAUAGCAGCCCGCCAGCCAGGAGUCGCACUAAACUCUGCUGCGACUUUUGAUCAAAAUUCCUUGUCACCAAAUGGUCCAUUGGACUCUGGACAAUCUUCCAGUGACACAAUCUACAACUGAUUUGCCCCAUCAUUUUUAUUACAACAUGCCACCCUGCACAUUUAUUUAACCUGUAACAACAAACUGCUUAACACAGUCACCUUCCUACAGUGCGUACCAGCUAACACUGUAAUAAAUAUAACUAAAGAUUACUGCACGCUGUGAACUCACAAGCAGAUCUGCAUUGGACAGCAAUGAUUAAACUAUAAUAAUGUUAAAGAGCCCUUGUAUGGCAAUCAUGCUUUCUAAACUACAGCCAAAAAAAUCCAUAUAAAUUUUCAGUCUAUAAAAUUACAGCAUACUCAACAAAAAUGGAACAGAAGACUCUCAUUUACUCUGGAUAUCAAACACGAACACUUCUUCAAUCUUCAGCUAACAAGUAGUCGGAGAACUAGAAGAUCUGCUUUUGCAAUUGCUGUGUAGCGUUCACUUUGAUAAAGGUUACAUCUGAGUACUGAAUAUGGUGUAGUAAAGACGACAACAAAUGCAAAUGAACAAAAACUUUGCUCCCUAGUAACUCUUUGCUGCUCUUUCACCUUGUAAACAACGAUAUAAACUAUACAAUAAUAAGUGAAAAUGUGAUUACGUCCCAAAACUUCAUCUUCUGUUUGUGGUGGCAGUGUACUAAUUAUACUUUAUUAAUAUGUAAACGUCUCUCAUGCUUUUCAGAUAUUUAUUCCUGUUUCUCAUACCUGUCAACAACACUUGAAUAAUACAUGCUUCUACAUUGCUUAAAAACAA